ACAUUUAUCUUUCUGGAGAUGUAAUCUUGCUUCAAAGGCUGAAGUGACUCUCUCUCUCUCUCUCUCUCUCUGUAAAUUUUGUUUAACAAAACAAUUUCUGCAAUGCUAUGGGACUUGGUAAUGGGGUACAGGCCAAGCCAGGUUCCAAUUUCCAAAUGAUCCCAUCCCCACCACCUUACCCAUAAAAUUCCAUAUCUGAUGGUAAACGUAUUUUGGUGUAGCAGAUCAGUUUGUACUUUGUACUCUACUAUUUUAUAUCCAUCUCGCCAAUUUUUUUUGUUUCACAUAGCGUUUAGAACCGUCUCGGAUUCGCGUACACCAGUCGUCUCCAACUGCUCCACAUUGAUGACAGCUUCGCUUUCUGUUUCAACCAUCCCUGAUCACCGUUGUAUUCUUCUCUUAAAACCCACAAUUACCCAACACUCCGAAUCACAGCAAGUGCCUAAAUUUUCAAUCUGUUGAUAAAAUUUCGUGUUAAAUCUAUCUGGGUGAUCAGAUUCUCCAUCUGGGUUACCAUUUUUUGAGUUCCAAUUUGGGUGUCAUUUUCCUCUGAAUUCUGGGUUUCACCGAUGGUGACUUCCUCUGUUGCCUCUCCACUCUGUACAUGGCUAGUCGCAGCUUGCAUGUCUGUGGCAUGCGAAAAAGACCACUUUUCCAAGUCAGCAUCGUUGUCCCAGUUUUCAAAGAGGCCGAGUCGGUGUCCGAGACGAAAGAAACUAGUAACUCAAAGUGGGAAUACUGGUGCUGUAAACAAUCUCUCAGGAUGUUUGUUACCAUCGUUUUGUGGAUUGGGUAUUCAGAAUGUUAUGAGUUCAUAUCUUGCAUUCGAGCCUUGCGAAGAGUAUUAUAGUUCAGAGGGGUUGUCUUCUUCUUUGGCCUUUUUUGGUGACAAUGGGUUCUCGCUUUUCGGGUCGAAGACGGUACCAUUGAGUCGUAGGCAGAAACGAAUGAAUCGCGUUGCCCACUCAAGCCAAACCCUGACUCUGCCUGUACAACCGGUAAAGGAAACCACUACAAGGAAAAAACCACUUGCAAAGAAAAGGCGGGUUGUUGUGACAGGACUGGGCGUCGUAACCCCAAUUGGUCAUGAUGCGGAUGCAAUCUACAACAAUCUUCUUGAAGGUGUUAGCGGCAUUAGUGAGAUUGAGGCUUUCGAUUGUGCUCAGUUUCCUACGAGAAUAGCAGGGGAAAUUAAGUCUUUCUCAGCUGAUGGUUGGGUUGCACCAAAAAUCUCUAAGAGGGCAGACAAGUUCAUGAUUUACUUGCUAACUGCUGGGAAGAAAGCAUUGGCAGAUGCUGGUAUCACAGAUGAUGUCAUAGGCGAGUUAAACAAAACUAGAUGUGGAGUUUUGAUUGGCUCUGCACUGGGGGGCAUGAAGGUUUUUAAUGAUGCAAUAGAAGCUCUGCGGGUUUCAUACAAGAAGAUGAAUCCCUUUUGUAUACCUUUUGCUACAACUAAUAUGGGUUCUGCUAUUCUUGCAAUGGAUUUGGGAUGGAUGGGCCCAAACUACUCUAUUUCUACAGCUUCUGCAACAAGCAACUUCUGUAUCCUAAAUGCAGCAAAUCAUAUUAUCAGAGGUGAAACUGAUAUGAUGCUUUGUGGUGGUUCCGAUUCUGCAAUUAUUCCCAUAGGACUGGGAGGCUUUGUUGCAUGCGGAGCUCUUUCACAGAGAAAUAGUGAUCCAACUGGAGCUUCACGCCCUUGGGAUAUGAAUCGUGAUGGAUUUGUUAUGGGAGAGGGCGCUGGUGUUCUACUUUUAGAAGAACUACAGCAUGCCAAGAAAAGAGGCGCAAAUAUUUAUGCGGAGUUUUUGGGUGGAAGCUUCACUUGUGAUGCUUAUCACUUGACUGACCCUCGUCCAGAUGGUACAGGGAUUGUUCUUUGCAUAGAGAAGGCUUUGGCGCAAUCUGGGGUUUCCAGAGAAGAUGUCAAUUAUGUAAAUGCACAUGCUGCAUCAACACCAGUCAGUGAUCUGAAAGAAUACCAAGCUAUCAUUCAGUGUUUUGGACAGAAUCCUCAGCUUAGGAUAAACUCUACAAAAUCAAUGCUUGGUCACUUGCUGGGGGCUGCUGGUGCUGUGGAGGCUGUUGCAACCAUUAAGGAUAUGAAUGUGCUUGUUGGCCCCACGAAGGAACUUUUGGACAUAAAGGUCGCAAUGUCAAACUCGUUUGGAUUUGGAGGACACAACUCAUCCAUUUUAUUUGCCCCUUUCAAGGAUGAGUGAACAAAAGUCGGUAAUUUUUCUUUCAAGUUCGUAGAGGGAAGAAGGUACAGCAGAGAAACUCGUACAGAAAUUCCAAGCGUCCUAGGGGAAACUUUUCUUAUACAAUGGGACCGAUACCAAUGCUUUAUGUUUAAUUUAUGAGUUCUCACAUUCACUUGGAUGAUCAGAUUGGUGGAUUACCAUCCACUGUACAAUUUUUUAUUGCUCUGUCUUCAAAUGUAAGAAUGAUUAAUUCAACAUGCAAGUGCAUCUGAAUGGGUAUUUGAC